UGAAGCUAAUGGAUUAGCCUCAUGGGUACACUCCGAUAUUGAUAAUUUGUACAGGAACAUUGGCGAUUUUAAUGAUGCUAAGAUGCGUGAAGAUCAAUUUAAAGUUCUACAACAUUUCAAGAAUAUAAGCAUUCAAGUUCACCGAAUCGAGAAGAAUUACAUUACAAUGGAUAAAGGAUUUCUUGACGACUUUCCUACCUCGAUUCAUCAGGGAGGUAUCGAUUUAGAGAGGAUUGCUGAGCUAAUGGUGGAUAUUUCUGACAAUUUUCAACUAAUGCAGAGGAUGGAGAAGUACGAGCUCGCCACACUCAUUUCAUUUACGAACUCAAUUACGUCGCCAGCAACUAGCGAAUUCAGUUCAACUUUAAUAAAUGAGUUUUAUUCAACAUUAUUCGGUCUGGAUUCUCAAUAUAUCAGCAAAGACAUGUUAACCCAAGUAGUACAAAUGUAUGAGAUGCUCCCGCAAAAAAGCUGCCUCAUUCAAUUGACGCCACAACAAUAUGUCUACUUCUUAUAUAAAAACAUCGCACUAACCGAACUGAAGGCAUACAUCCUGAUCGAGUAUUCACUGAUGAUUCGAUGGGUAUCUGGUCAACGUGAUUUAAUCGAUGAAUGGAAAACAAUUCGCCUCAACUAUGGACAGCGCGCAGAACAAAGUUUACGUCAACUGCGGAUUUUGAGCCAACAAUCCGAUCGUCUUCUAUGGAGGUGUGAUCCUGCCAAGCACAUACUUAACGUCACUUAUGAUGAGGUGACACGACUUCUCCAAGGAUAUGUCGAGAACGAAGUGGAUCUUAGCAAAGAGGGAUCCUGUUCUAAAACUUGCCCCUAUUAUCAGAAUACAACUUCAACGGCUUGCUUUCAUCAAGAGUUUUGUUCUCAACAGCCUCAAUGUCGGGGUCGCAUUUACAACUGUCAAGUAAUAGAAUCGGACUUGACGGUAUGCCAAUCACCAUGGAAGAGUUCACGUCGCUAUGAAUACAUUCAAUAUGGAACUGGACAACGAUUUGGGAAGCAGAAAAGUUGUUCGCGUGACACCAACAAUGUGGAGAGCUGGAGAAGAUGGUUAUUCUGGAAAUGCAGCUACUGCUUCUGUCUGUGUGACGACCAUUACAAUUCUGACCGUUACUUCAAUCUUCGGGAAACUGUAUCCGAUGUUAAGGCGAACAAAGUGGUGACUGGAGUGCGCUUUGUGAAGAAGAAUCGUGUAUUCCAUUUACAAAUACAGCAAGGACAACUCUUACCCCGAGGUGAAAUCAAUCAAUCCACUGUGGAGUGGAAACCCGUCGACGGCUACAAAAUCGAUGAUACAAAUAUUAGGGAAGGAGUCGACUAUCAUUCAAUGAACUACAAGAGCCGGGGCUUAAAUCUGGAUGAAAUAACAUAUACUAAUGAUAAAGCAUUUGUGGUAACCGGUGUCCGUUUCCAAGCAACGAAUGGACGACUCAAUCUAAUAGUUUUGUUUAGUAAUUUUGAUUUCGUUAAGGGUCUGCUAAUUGAGCCGGAGUCAACUCGAAAAUACCAAUCUAAUAGCAACAUCGAAGGCAGAGAAAAACUACAUUUAACAAAUCUGGAUGUUCCAACGUUGUCUAUUGACAGUUCGCAGCCCUUAUCAAAGGAUGGACAAUAUCUGGAGUUUGUCAACACAGGAAUGGAACAGGAUGCGGCACAAACAACAAUUCCAUUUAUUGACAUUCAGGAUGUCGUCUCCAAUCACCCAGUGCCCUUAUCUGGAAUCGGCAUUUACUAUAAAGGUAGUCUGGGAUACGGUGGCUUCGUGGCUCCCAAAAUCAUCAGCUACGAUAUUUCCCCACAUCUCCCGCUGGUGACAAUGCUUUGAAAAACUUUUGAUUAUGACAAUGUCAAAUAAUAUAUUAAUAUCAAUUAAUAUAUCAUAUUUUUAAUCUAACACAAUAAAAAUAAAUUU